GGAAGUCUCCUCUGGCGGACCGGGAAGUAGCUGAAAACUGGGCGAUGGCAAUUCUGGAGGCCUGGGUCCGGGUCCGGCCCGCGGCCACGGUUCCCCCACGAUAGAUUACAACAGGGUGGCGGGACCCGGGUCCCGAGCGCCUCUUCACGCCGCAGGGAUGGAGGGCUCUAAGACAUCCAGCAGCACCAUGCAGGUGAGCUUCGUGUGCCAGCGCUGCAGCCAGCCCCUGAAACUGGACACGAGCUUCAAGAUCCUGGACCGUGUCACCAUCCAGGAGCUUACAGCUCCACUACUUGCCACAGCCCAAGUGAAACCAGGAGAGACCCAGGAGGAAGAGGCUAACUCAGGAGAGGAGCCAUUUAUUGAAACUCGCCAGGAUGGUGUCUCUCGCAGAUUCAUCCCCCCAGCCAGGAUGAUGUCUACAGAAAGUGCCAACAGCUUCACUCUGAUUGGGGAGGCAUCUGAUGGCGGCACCAUGGAGAACCUUAGCCGAAGAUUGAAGGUCACAGGGGACCUUUUUGACAUCAUGUCAGGCCAGACAGAUGUGGAUCACCCACUGUGUGAGGAAUGCACAGAUACUCUUUUAGACCAGCUGGACACUCAGCUCAACGUCACUGAAAAUGAGUGUCAGAACUACAAGCGCUGUUUGGAGAUGUUAGAGCAAAUGAAGGAGGAUGACAGUGAACAGCUACAACUGGAGCUAAAGGAGCUGGCGUUGGAGGAGGAGAGGCUAAUCCAAGAGCUAGAGGAUGUGGAAAAGAACCGUAAGAUAGUAGCAGAAAAUCUCGAGAAGGUCCAGGCUGAGGCUGAGAGACUGGACCAAGAAGAAGCCCAGUAUCAAAGGGAGUACAGUGAAUUUAAACGACAACAGCUGGAACUGGAUGAUGAACUGAAGAGUGUAGAAAACCAGAUGCGUUAUGCCCAGAUUCAACUGGAAAAAUUGAAGAAAACCAAUGUCUUUAAUGCGACCUUUCACAUCUGGCACAGCGGACAAUUUGGCACAAUCAAUAACUUCAGACUGGGCCGUCUGCCCAGUGUUCCUGUGGAAUGGAAUGAGAUUAACGCUGCCUGGGGCCAGACAGUGUUGCUGCUCCAUGCUCUGGCCAAUAAGAUGGGUCUGAAAUUCCAGAGGUAUCGACUUGUUCCCUAUGGAAACCAUUCGUAUCUGGAGUCUCUGACAGACAAAUCCAAGGAGCUGCCGUUAUACUGUUCCGGGGGGUUGCGGUUUUUCUGGGACAACAAGUUUGACCAUGCAAUGGUGGCUUUCCUGGACUGUGUGCAGCAGUUCAAAGAAGAGGUUGAAAAAGGCGAGACACGCUUUUGUCUUCCUUACAGGAUGGAUGUGGAGAAAGGCAAGAUUGAAGACACAGGCGGCAGUGGCGGCUCCUAUUCCAUCAAAACACAGUUUAACUCUGAGGAACAGUGGACAAAAGCUCUCAAGUUCAUGUUGACAAAUCUUAAGUGGGGUCUUGCUUGGGUGUCCUCACAGUUUUAUAACAAAUGAUUUUUUUUCCUUGGGACAGAAGGGACGUUUUGCCUUACAGGCUUUAAGUUUUGUUUGCAAAAAAUUGUUUUAAAUUCAAUUCGGGUACAACACAUGUUUACAGUAACAACAACAAAAUCCACAAAAGCCACUUUAUUAUAAAAUAUGAGAUGACGGAAAGCUUCCAACACAACAACAUGUCAUGUCUAGCCACCGGCCUUUGUCAUAGUUUGACUCCUAAUCCAAUGCCUUCUUUUCCCUCUCCCCACUCAAAAUAACUAAUUUAAGUUUGCUUUUUUAAAAAGACUGAGUUGAACUGAGAUUGAUUUGUUUUCACUGGAUUUUAUCUCUCUCAACUUCGUGCACUUACAAUAUGAAAUAAAAAUUUUUGUCUCUACUGAGAGGAGAUGUGUGAGGCCCAGCUGAUAAUGUGAGGAAAUGGCCUAUAAGCUUUGUGUGGUCACCAUGUGGUAUGAUCAAAAGCUUGAAAUGUAACACUUCUCCUCACUCGGUUCUAGUACUGAAUGCUCACGCUGAUCUGUUAGAGUUAUGAAAUGGUGUUUGAUGCUGUUUUGAGAUGUUAUGGAGAGAUUUAAUUAUUUGUAAUAAAAGAUUUGCUACAGUCUGAUAACUGC